AUGGUACUAUUUUAUAUAUUUCUCGUCUUUGUGGCGUCGCUGUCAGGUAUCAGCUUGGCACAGCUCCCAGAUAGCUACGGAUUAUCUUUCCCGUUGAGGUCAGAACUGUCUGAGGAUGCUAUACUGGUGGCAAAUAACGGAAUACGCGUGCCUUUCGGGAGAUCAGUUUUCAUUGAUCCCGUCAAUGAUUUGGUGAUUCAAACGCAACUGGGGGACCGGUGCAGCAUCACUGUUCUGGAUAACGACCCGCUUUCCCAGAGACCCGGGCACCUCUCUCCCAAAAAGUUUCCGUGUGAUUUCGGUCCCAACGACGUCACCUACACCCACUUCGGGUCGAGGAGCCUGGCUAAGGACAGAGUGAGGGUACAGCUCAGGUAUGACACUCAAACCGACACCGUUAUCAUACCAUUCAUGACGGAGGUAGAAGUGGUUUUUACGCAACUGGAGGUGCUCACCAAAAACAUGCCGCUGACCGUUGUUAAACUGAACGGCGUUAGUAAUGCCAUUGAUAAAAAGAUUUUGGAAUUCACUUAUGACAGAAACUCUCAUAAAUGCAAGGUCAAUUCUUUAGCGAAUGUUAGCGCUCUCCCGAAGUACGGAAGACUUGUAGAUGAUGGACUCACUAAAAUUAUGGACUGUGACGAAUUCAUUCAAUCGGACAUCCGUUAUGAGCACACGUUUGUUCACAAAUCCCCCAACAGAGACUACGUGCCCAUGGUUGUUCAACUAUGUGAUAAAGAGGGAAACAUACUAAAAGAGGAGUAUUUCCAACUGAUGAUCCGUAUCAGGGAGGGAGAGGCGAACACUCCUCCUAAACCCAGUUUCACGGCCAUGAUGAUGAUGGAGGUGAGUCAGUUUGUGAUGACAGCUCUGACCCCUGACAUGCUGGCUGCGGAGGACCUGGAGUCGGACCCUGAUGAACUUAUCUUCAACAUCACCUCACCCCUCUCUUAUGAGGAUGGUUAUAUAGUCAGCACGGACGAUAGGAACCUGCCCAUCACCUCGUUUAACCAGAGAGACCUACGGGACCUGAAGAUAGCCUACAAACCCCCGUCCCUGGACUCGGACACGGAGAGGAUCUUCCAGAUAGAGUUUGAGGUGGUGGAUCCGGACGUGGCAGUCUCGGACCCCUUCGCGUUCAUGAUCGUGGUGAAGCCGAUGAACUCGCUGGCGCCGGUCGUGACGCGGAACACGGGUCAGCUGCUCUACGAAGGUCAGUCCCGCCCCCUUUUCUCUACCCACAACCUGGAGAUUAGCGACGAGGACGACCUGGACGGUGUUACGGUAACCGUCGUCGACGGGCUCCGCCAUGGUGACCUCACAGUCCAGGGGUCGCGCAGGAAGUACUUCACGGCUGCCGACCUGAAUUCGGGCGUGGUCAUCUACCAACACGAUGGCAGCGACACGUACAACGACAACAUCAUCUUCAGGAUGACAGAUGGCAAGAACCAGGUAUUUAUCUUAUUUAUGAAAAUGUUUAAUUGUAUCAAAUAAUUCAGCAUUCAUUGCUAGUGAUACCAUGUAAUGUUACCUUAUUGAAAUAAUGAAAAGAACAGAAAAGCCUGCAUAUGCUCCCAAUUACCGCCUUUCAUGAACAACUCAGUGCCCUUCUGGUUAGAGAGUCUGCCUUCAGUUUGGAAGGUUUGGGGGUGAAUCCCUGGCGGAGUCCUACCGAAUACUCAAAAAAUCAAAUCAAAUCAAUUAUUAUUUGUCACAUGCACCGAAUACAACAGGUGUAUAAUAAUAAUAUAAUAUGCCAUUUAGCAGACGCUUUUAUCCAAAGCGACUUACAGUCAUGCGUGCAUACAUUUUUUUUUUUGUGUAUGGGUGGUCCCGGGGAUCGAACCCACUACCUUGGCGUUACAGGCGCCGUGCUCUACCAGCUGAGCUACAGAGGACCGUGUAGUAGACCUUACCGUGAAAUGCUUACUUACAAGCCCUUAACCAACAAUGCAGUUUUAAGAAAAUAGAGUUAAGAAAAUAUUUAAUAAACAAACUUUUUUUUUAACUUUAAAAAACAAAAACAAAAGUAACACAAUAAAAUAACAGUAAUGGGGGUACUGGUACCGAGUCAAUGUGCGGGGGUACAGGUUAUUCAAGGUAAUUUGUACAUGUACAGUACCAGUCAAAAGUUUGGACACACCUACUCAUUCCAGGGUUUUUCUUUAUUUUUACUAUUUUCUACAUUGUAGAAUAAUAGUGAAGACAUCAAACUAUGAAAUAACACAUAUGGAAUCAUGUAGUAACCAAAAAAGUGUUAAACAAAUCAAAAUAUAUUUUAUAUUUGAGAUUCUUCAACGUAGCCACCCUUUGCCUUGAUGACAGCCUUGCACACUCUUGGCAUUCUCUCAACCAGCUUCAUGAGGAAUCACCUGGAAUGCAUUUCAAUUAACAGGUGUGCCUUGUUAAUUUGUGGAAUUGUUUCCUUCUUAAUGCGUUUGAGCCAAUCAGUUGUGUUGUUACAAGGUAGGGGUGGUAUACAGAAGAUAGCCCUAUUUGGGAAAAGACCAAGUCCAUAUUAUGGCAAGAACAGCUCAAAUAAGCAAAGAGACAGUCCAUCAUUGCUUUAAGGUCAGUCAAUCCGGACAUUUUCAAGAUCUUUUAUAGUUUCUUCAAGAGCAGUUGCAAAAACCAUCAAGCGCUAUGAUGAAACUGGCUCUCAUGAGGACCGCCACAGGAAAGGAAGACCCAGAGUUACCUCUGCUGCAGAGGAUAAGUUCAUUAGAGUUACCAGUCUCAGAAAUUGCAGCCCAAAUAAAUGCUUCACAGAGUUCAAGUAACAGACACAUCUCAACAUCAACUGUUCAGAGGAGACUGCAUGCAUCAGGCCUUCAUGGUCGAAUUGCUGCAAAGAAACCACUACUAAAGGACACCAAAAAUAUGAAGAGACUUGCUUGGGUCAAAAAACACGAGCAAUGGACAUUAGAAUGGUGGAAAUCUGUCCUUUGGUCUGAUGAGUCCAAAUUUGAGAUUUUUGGUUCCAACCGCCAUGUCUUUGUGAGACGCAGAGUAGGUGAACGGAUGAUCUCUGCAUGUGUGGUUCCCACCGUGAAGCAUGUAGGAGGAGGUGUGAUGGUGUGGGGGUGCUUUGCUGGUGACACUGUCAGUGAUUUUAUUUAGAAUUCAAGGCACACUUAACCAGCUUGGCUACCACAGCAUUCUGCAGCGAUACGCCAGCCGAUCUGGUUUGGCUUAGUGGGACUAUCAUUUGUUUUUCAACAGGACAAUGACCCAACAUACCUCCAGGCUGUUUAAGGGCUAUUUGACCAAGAAGGAGAGUGAUGGAGUGCUGCAUCAAUUGACCUGGACUCCACAAUCCCGACCUCAACGCAAUUGAAAUGGUUUGGGAUGAGUUGGACCGCAGAGUGAAGGAAAAGCAGCCAAAAAGUACUCAGCAUAUGUGGGAACAGUUGGAAAAGCAUUCCAGGUGAAGCUGGUUGAGAGAAUACUUUGAAGAAUCUCAAAUAUAAAAUAUAUUUUGAUUUGUUGAAAACUUUUUUGGGUAAAACUUUAUUUAGAAAAACCCUUGAAUGAGUAGGUGUGUCCAAACUUUUGACUGGUACUGCAGGUAGGGGAAAGAUGACUGUGCAUAGAUAAUAAACAGUGAGUAGCAGCAGUGUGAAAACAAAGGGGGGGGGGGGGGGGGGGGGGGGGGGGGGGCAGGGAUGUCAAUGCAAAUAGUUUGAUUAAUUAUUCAGCAGUCUUAUGGCUUGGGGGUAGAAGCUGUUAAGGAGCCUUUUGGACCUAGACUUGGUGCUCCGGUACCACUUGCUGUGUGGUAGCAGAGAGAACGGUCUGUAGCUCAAUUGGUAGAGCAUGGCGCUUGUAACGCCAGGGUAGUGGGUUCGAUCCCCGGGACCACCCAUACGUAAAAAUGUAUGCGCACAUGACUGUAAGUCGCUUUGGAUAAAAGCGUCUGCUAAAUGGCAUAUUAUUAUUAUUAUAUUAUUACUUGGGUGACUUGUGUCUUUGACAAUUUUUAGGGCCUUCCUCUGACACCGCCUAGCAUAUACAGUGCAUUGGGAAAGUAUUCAGACCCCUUGACAUUUUCCACAUUUUGUUACAUUACAGCCUUAUUCUAAAAUUGAUUCAAUUAUUUUUUUCCUUCAUCAAUCUUCACACAAUACCCCAUAAUGACAAAGCAGGAACAGGUUUUUAGAACAUUUUGGAAAUUUAUUUGAAAUAAAAACACUGAAAUAUCACAUUUUCAUAAGUAUUCAGACCCUUUGCUCAGUACUUUGUUGAAGCACCUUUGGCAGCGAUUACAGCCUUAAGUCUUUUUCCUCCAGAUCUGCCAUCACCAUGCUUCACGGUAGGGAUGGUGCCAGGUUUCCACCAGACGUGACGCUUGGCAUUCAGGCCAAAGAGUUUAGAUUAGAUUCAUCAGACCAGGGAAUGUUGUUUCUCAUGGUCUGAGAGUCCUUUAGGUGCCUUUUGGCAAACUCCAAACGGGCUGUCAUGUGCCUUUUACUGAGGAGUGGCUUCCGUCUGGCCACUCUACCAUAAAGGCCUGAUUGGUGGAGUCCUUCACAGAUGGUUGUCCUUCUGGAAGGUUCUCCCAUCUCCACAGUGGAACUCUGGAGCUCUGUCAGAGUGACCAUCGGGUUCUUGGUCACCUCUCUGAUCAAGGCCCUUCUCCCCUGAUUGCUCAGUUUGGCCGGGCGGCCAGCUCUGGGAAGUCUUUGUAGUUCCACACUUCUUCCAUUUAAGAAUGAUGGAGGUCACUGUGUUUUUGGGGACCUUCAAUGCUGUAGACAUGUUUUGGUACCCUUCCCCCAGAUCUGUGCUUCGACACAAUCCUGUUUUGGAGCUCUACGGAAACUUCCUUCGACCUCAUGGCUUGGUUUUGUCUCUGACAUGCACUGUCAAGUGUGGGACCUUAUAUAGACAGGUUUACCACAGGUGGACUCCAAUGAAGUUGUAGAAACAUCUCAAGGAUGAUCAAUGGAAACAGGAUGCACCUGAGCUCAAUUUCGGGUCUCAUAACAAAGGGUCUGAAUACUUAUGUAAAUAAGGUAUUUCUGUUUUUUAUUUUUAAUAAAUGUGCAAAAAUUGCUAUAAACCUGUUUUCACUUUGUCAUUAUGGGGUAUUGUGUGUAGAUUGAUGAGGGGAAAAACAUAUUUUAUCCAUUUAGAAUAAGGCUGGAACGUAACAAAAUGUGGAAAAGGUCAAGGGGUCUGAAUACUUUCCGAAUGCACUGUAGGUCAAUUUCUAGAGCCUUCCUCUGACAACGCCUAGUAUAGAGGUCCUGGAUGGCAGGAAGCUUGGCCCCAGUGAUGUACUGGGCUGUACGCACUACCCUCUGUCGGAUGCUGAGCAGUUGCCAUACCAGGAGGUGAUGCAAACGGUCAGGAUGCUCUCGAUGGUCAAACUUUUUGAGGAUCUGGGGACCCAUGCCAAAUCUUUUCAGUCUCCUGAGGGGGAAAAGGUGAUGUCGUGCCCUCUUCACGAUUUUCUUAGUGUGUUUGGACCAUGAUAGUUUGUUGGUGAUGUGGAUUCCAAGGAACUUGAAACUCUCGACCUGCUCCGCUACAGCCCCGUCAAUGUGAAUGGUUGCGUGUUCGGCCCUCCUUUUCCUGUAGUCCACAAUCAUCUCCUUUGUCUUGCUCAUGUUGAGGGAGAGGUUGUUGUCCUGGCACCACACGGCAUGGUCUCUGACCUCCUCCCUAUAGGCUGUCUCUUCGUUGUCGGUGAUCAGGCCUACCACUGUUGUGUCAUCGGCAAACUUAAUGAUGGUGUUGGAGUCGUGCCUGGCCAUGCAGUCAUGGGUGAACAGGGAGUACAGGAGGGGACUAAGCAUACACCCAUGAGGGGCCCCCGUGUUGAGGAUCAGCGUGGCAGAUGUGUUGUUGCCUACCCUUACCACCUGGGGGUGGCUCGUCAGGAAGUUCAGGAUCCAGUUGCAGAUGGAGGUGUUUAGUCCCAGGGUCCUUAGCUUAGUGAUGAGCUUUGAGGGCACUAUGGUGUUGAACGCUGAGCUGUAGUCAAUGAACAGCAUUCUCACAUAGGUGUUCCUUUUGUCCAGGUGGGAAAGGGCAGUGUGGAGUGCGAUUGAGAUUGCGUCAUCUGUUGGGAUCUGUUGGGGCAGUAUGCAAAUUGGAGUGGGUCUAGGGUUUCCUGGGAUGAUGGUGUUGAUGUGAUCAAUGACAAGCCUUUCAAAGCACUUCAUGGCUACUGACGUGAGUGCUAUGGGGCGGUAGUCAUUUAGGCAGGUUACCUUCGCUUUCUUGGGUACAGGGACUAUGGUGGUCUGCUUGAAACAUGUAGGUAUUACAGACUCGGUUAGGGAGAGGUUGAAAAUGUCAGUGAAGACACUUGCCAGUUGGUCCGCGCAUGCUCUGAGUACAUGAACUGGUAAUCCGUCUGGCCCCUGUGGCCUUGUGAAUUUUGACCUGUUUAAAGGUCUUGCUCACAUCGGCUACGGAGAGCGUGAUCACACAGUCAUCCGGAAUAGCUGGUGCCCUCAUGCAUGCUUCAGUGUUGCUUGCCUCGAAGUGAGCAUUAAAGGGAUUUAGCCCUUUUGGUAGGCUCUCGUCCCAAUGCUUCUCUACUUGGCACUGUGAUAGACUAGCGUCCUGUCAAGGGGGUGUACAUGUACACUAAGCUGCCUCACGCUACAGAAACAGGAGGUAGGCUCCUGCCCUUUGGGCCAUUCUGGCUUGGACAAGGCUAUACCAUCUUAAUUUCAACAUUAAUUUGUGUUCUUUUCAUUCAUACUUUAUCAGUCCAGGACCUACGUUUUUUUAAGUAUGUUGUGGUGUCACUGUUGUUAGUAAUAAGAGGGGGAUCCAGUGUACUGUGUAUUUCUAUAGACCUUAUUGAAAUAAACCUUUCUCUUGCUCUCUCUCUCUCUCUCUCUCUCUCAGGUGGAGUUUCUGUUUCCCUUGACAAUUGUUCCCACGGACGACGAACCUCCCAUCAUCAAUGUCAACACUGGCCUGGUGCUCUUCAAGAACCAGAUUAUGGCCAUCUCUCCUCUGAUGCUCAGCGCCGCUGACAUCGACUCGGAGGAUUCCACUAUCAAGUUCAUGAUCGAGCCGCCAUUCUCGACCAUCGGGGUGGUGCUGCUGAGGCAGUCCGACGCCCCAGAGGACCCAGAGUCGUGGAAGUUCAAUGCUGAGGAUGAGGUGUAUGAGAAGGAGGUGACAGAGUGGCUGCAGAAGGACAUCACAGACGGGAAGGUGUUCUAUAAACACACCGGACCACAAAACACUGACACGGUCACAGACCAAUUUGUGUUCAAAGUCCAUGACGACAACGAUCCGCCUAACGAAUUGGGCGAGAGCACGUUCAUCAUCAGGGUUCUACCCAUCGACAAUGUUCCCCCUGAGCUGUUUCCCGGUACCACGCUCCAAGUGACUGUUCAGGAGUACCAGCUGACUCAUUUCGGUAAGAACGUGCUCCGCUACACCGAUCUAGACUCUGAGGAUCGCGACCUGAAAUACACAGUGAUCCAGCCGCCGACGGAUACAGACGAGAACAGCCCGGUGGUGUUCGGGUCGAUUGUUCUGACCGAGAGCCCCGACACUGAGGUCAACGAGUUCACGCAGGCUCAGGUUAACCACCACAAGAUCUCCUACAGUCCUCCCGACCAGGAGCUGGGCAUCACAGCUCACAUCCUCCAGUUCCGGUACUCCGUCGAAGACACGGCCGGGAAUAGCGUAGAGGGGGCUUUCAGGAUUUUCCUCCAGCCAGUUAACAACAAACCACCACAGAUCACUAACACUGGCUUUUCUGUCUUUGAGCAAGGCAUGCAUGUUAUAUCCAGUGCUGAGUUGGACACAUCAGACCCUGACACAGACAGUAAACAGAUAUUGUUCACCCUCAGCCAGCCUCCGCAGCACGGCCAACUCCAGCAUGCCUUCUCAGACCUACCCAAAGGGGGUGCUUUCUCCCUAGAGGACAUCUCGGACAGGAAGAUCACAUAUGUCCAAAACGGCGACGAGACGGUGAGCGAUGUGUUCCAACUCGACGUCAGCGAUGGACUCCACGUCGUCACGGUGAAGGUCAGAGUCGUUGUGAAGCCCAUAGACGACGAGACACCGACUGUCAGUUUACCGGCCGGGGCGAUCGGUUCACACAUGGACGUCCUGGAGAAUGGAGCUACGGAGAUCACCACAAGCGUCCUCCAGGGGCGGGACGAGGACACCGACGACCUCCAGCUGACCUUCAUCAUCGAGGACGCGCCCAUGUUUGGAGACAUCCUGGUUGCCGGGGCGCCCGCCGUGAAGUUCACCCAAGCCGACAUCAUCAACGGUUUAGUGAUGUACACCCACACGGGCGGAGAGAUUGGCCUGAUGUCCAUCAAGGACGGCUUCAACCUCACCCUAACUGACAUGUCAGAUGACUGGUCAAUGGGCGGGAACAAGGUCAACGGUGUCCACGUCCGCGUCACAAUCAUUCCUGUCGACAACCAGGCCCCCGAGGUAACCGUGGGUGACCAGUUCAGCAUCAUCGAAGGAGAGAAGUAUGCCAUCGGAGCACAGUAUUUAAAUGCUGAAGACAGAGACACUCCCAGUGAUGAUAUUCUCUGCACCAUCAUCGUCCAGUCAACGUCUGGUUAUGUGGAGAACAUCUCCCCAGCUCCUGGAUCAGAGAGUUCACGGUCAGGGAUUGCAGUCAGCGCCUUCUACAUCAGAGACGUCAGAGAAGGACAUGUGUAUUAUGUUCAGAGUAUCCACAAGGGGGUAGAGCCCGUGGAGGACAGGUUCACAUUUAGAUGUUCCGACGGUAUCAACUUCUCAGAAAGGCAUUUCUUCCCUAUAGUGAUUAUUCCGGCUAAUGAUGAAAAGCCAGAGAUUUACUUGAGGGAGAUAGUUGUGAUGGAGGGGAUGAAUAUAGUCAUAGACACUCAUCUCCUGAACGGAGCAGACACUGAUAUCCCAGCAGAGGAGCUGACUUUCAUCAUCUCCAAACCGCCCAAACACGGCUUCAUCCUCAACCAGCUAGCCACAGGCUCAAUCCCAGUCAUAAACUUCACCUUAGCGCAGAUCAGGGAAGCUUCCAGUAUCAUCUACGAACACGACGACUCUGAGACCACCGAGGACAGCUUUGACGUCAUUCUAACAGACAGGAAAUAUUCGGUAGAGAAAACCGCCAUGGUUAUGAUCAUCGCCCUUGAUGACGAGACCCCGAGAAUGCUGGUCAAUGACGGUCUGGAGGUGGAGGUAGGUGAGACGAAAGAGAUCAACAACAAGGUCCUCAAAGCCACAGAUCUAGACUCGGAUGAUGGAGCGUUGACCUACGUGAUCUGCUUCGGUCCUGGUCAGGGUCUUCUUCAGAGGAAAACCCCAUCUGGUUCUCUAGAGAACAUCAUGUUAGGCAUGAACUUCACACAGAGUGAUGUGGACGAAGGGUCGAUCGUUUACACACACAAUGGUCAGGAAGGCGUCCGUGACCUGGUCAAGUUCGACAUCACCGACGGCAUGAACCCUCUGAUCGAUCGUUACCUCUACAUCACCAUCGGGAGCAUCGACAUGGUCUUCCCAGACGUGGUCAGCAAAGGAGUCUCUCUGAAGGAAGGUGGUAGAGUGACAUUGACCACAGAUCUUCUCAGUACUAGCGAUCUCAACAGUCCAGAUGAACAUCUGGUGUUCACCAUCACCAGAGCUCCAGUCAGAGGACACCUGGAGUGUACUGAUACACCAGGGAUCCCCAUCGUGUCGUUCACCCAACUCCAGCUGGCUGGCAGUAAAGUCUACUACAUCCAUACCUCGGACGACGAAGUCAAGAUGGACAGUUUCGAGUUUGAGGUAACCGACGGUUACAACCCGGUGUUCCGUACGUUCCGAGUCUCUAUCAUGGACGUGGAUAACAAGAAACCAGUUUUAACGGUACACGGACUCGUGGUCACCGAGGGGCAGAGUAAACUCCUCACGCCAUUCGAGCUGACCGCCGAGGACCAGGACACAGCUGACCGGUUGUUGAAGUUCACCGUCACCCAACCACCGAUGCACGGCAAACUCCUCUAUAACCACACCUUACCGGUCACCAUCUUCACCAAGCAAGACCUCAACGAGAACCUCAUCAGCUACAAACAUGACGGCACCGAGUCCUCCGAAGACUCCUUCUCAUUUACUGUGACCGACGGGACUCACACCGACUUCUACGUGUUCCCCGACACUGUGUUCGAGACGCGGCGCCCCCAGACGAUGAAGAUCACGGUGGUGGCCAUAGAUAACGGUGUCCCCCAGCUGGUGGUGAAUAAGGGUGCCCCGACACUGAGUAUCCUGUCCACGGGGCACCUGGGGUUCCCCAUGACCUCCAAGGUUCUACGGGCGUUAGACAGGGACAGCGUUCCGGCUUCCUUAAUGUUCCACAUCACCACGGAACCCAAGCAUGGUUACCUCAUCAACCUGGGCAAAGGGAACGACUCCAUCGACACCUUCAGUCAAGGUGAGACACCAGCCAAUCUGUAUUAUUAG